CUUAAUGUCCAUCCCCCAUCUGGCAGCUCCUUCCAGCGAUAUAUCGAGCUAACGCACAGGCGAUCUAACGGAGGCUGUCUCUGCUGAUGAAGACAAUGAUUACAUUUUACAAAUAUUCAAAAAGGCUGGACUAAAAUUUCUCUUCGUUUCAGAUGCCAGUUCACCUGAAAGCUGUCAGAAAUGACUUGGAGUGACGCUGUUGAGGACUGAGCGGCUGCAGAGAGGACAGACCAGUGCAUGAGGAGCGUGACUCUGCUGCAGACCGCCACAGCCUGAAGCCAUCCUGCCAAAUCUGGAGACCAUGUCUGGAGCCUACGACGAGUCCGCCAGCCAGGAGGAGACCACAGACAGCUUCUGGGAGGUUGGGAACUACAAACGUACAGUGAAGCGGAUUGACGAUGGUCACCGGCUCUGCAACGACCUGAUGAACUGCAUCCAGGAGCGUGCCAAAAUUGAGAAAGCCUACGCACAACAACUGACCGAGUGGUCUAAGAGGUGGAGACAGCUAGUAGACAAAGGGCCUCAGUAUGGCACAGUAGAGCGAGCUUGGAUGGGGGUGAUGACGGAGGCCGAGAAGGUGAGCGAACUUCACCAGGAAGUGAAAAACAACCUGAUCAACGAGGACUUUGAGAAAGUGAAGAACUGGCAGAAAGACUUGUACCACAAACAGAUGAUGGGAGGAUUCAAGGAAACCAAAGAGGCAGACGAGGGUUUCAAGAAGGCCCAGAAACCCUGGGCCAAAAAGCUAAAAGAGCUCGAGGCUGCCAAGAAGUCCUACCACAUGGCCUGCAAAGAGGAGAAGCUGGCAUCCAUCAGAGAGGCCAACAGUAAGGGAGAGGCCUCUCUGACCGCUGACCAGCAGAAGAAACUCCAGGAGAAAGUGGAAAAGUGCAAACAGGACUCACAGAAGGCCAAGGAGAAGUAUGAGAAGGCUCUGGAUGAGCUGAGUAAGUGCACUCCACAUUACAUGGAAAACAUGGAGCAGGUGUUCGAUCAGUGCCAGCAGUUUGAAGAGAAGAGGCUGAGCUUCCUCAGGGAGGUGCUGUUGGACGUCAAACGCCACCUCAACCUCACAGAAGACCAAAGCUAUGCUACAGUGUACGGAGAACUUGAACGUUCCAUCACAUCGUCCAGCCCGCAGGAAGAUCUGAAGUGGUUCAGCAACACCCACGGCCCCGGCAUGCAUAUGAACUGGCCACAGUUUGAGGAAUAUAACCCAGACCUUACCCAUAACAUCACGAAGAAAGAAAAAUCUAAGAAAGGCAGCGAUGGAGUCUUGCUGACUAACGUCACAACAGCAGUGGACCACGCUCAAGCUGGUGACCGGGGAAGUGUCAGCAGCUACGAGAAGAACCAGGCGUACACGGCCUCCACAGAGUGGUCGGACGAUGACCAGACAGCCCCAGACUCGGGCAACGACACCAACGGAGGGCCGAACCCCUUCGACGACGAUGUGGGCAAAGGUGUGAGAGUGAGAGCGCUGUACGACUACGAAGGCCAGGAGCAGGACGAGCUCAGCUUCAGAGCAGGUGACGAGCUGAUGAAGCUGGAAGACGAGGACGAACAGGGCUGGUGUAAAGGUCGCCUAGACAGCGGGCAGCUGGGUCUUUACCCGGCCAAUUAUGUGGAGCCGAUGUAGCUGUUCCAGCUGAGGACGCUUGCCUCGUCGGAGGGCAAACCCAGACUGAACCGUCCAGUCAUAACUGCACAUUGCCAGAGACUUGAAAGCAACGCUUCCUCUUCCCGUCGGGCACAGUGAGCUGUCUUCAUCUCAGCACUCAUCACAGAGAAGACUUUACUGUUCAGGAUCACAUCAUCAUCCAAACACUGCAACACAAACACUGCAAACACUGAAGCAAAUUAUUUUAGUCUCUUAUGUGUGGAGCUGUGUGUGAUUCCAGAUGUGACGCUAAUAUGCCAUAUAGUAUGUUCUCUCAUCAUAAUAUUGAUAUGGUAUUGUCAGUUGUGCCUGGAUAGGGAGAAUACGCUAUACAUUGUGCAUUUCAUGUACAUAUAUAUAAUUAAUUUUUUUUUUUACAGUCUGGAUGC